AUGUCUUCCCCGAAGGAAGUUUGUCGUUUUGAAGAUCACAUGUCAGCAAGUGCCACGACCGGAGUAGGCCACUCGCAUUCUCACUCGCAUGGUGACCACGGGCACACUCACGAACAAUUAGAUCACCCUGGUAAAUAUGCCGAAAGGGAAAUGCCUAAAUACAAGAACCGAAGCUGGAAGGAAAGAGCCUUCACCGUGGGAAUCGGCGGCCCUGUCGGUUCCGGGAAGACGGCGCUAAUGUUAGCAUUAUGUAAAGCUCUCCGAGAUCGUUACUCCAUUGCAGCAGUUACGAACGACAUAUUUACCAGAGAGGACUCGGAGUUCCUCGUUCGUAAUCACGCGUUACCGGCGGAGCGAAUUCGUGCCAUCGAAACUGGUGGUUGCCCCCAUGCUGCCAUCAGAGAGGAUAUUUCUGCCAAUUUGAACGCUCUAGAGGAACUUCAUGCCAAGUUCAAUGUUCAAUUGUUGUUGAUAGAAAGUGGCGGUGACAAUUUAGCCGCCAAUUAUUCCCGUGAAUUAGCGGAUUAUAUAAUCUAUGUAAUUGAUGUGGCGGGAGGCGACAAAAUUCCUCGCAAAGGUGGUCCGGGCAUCACCCAGUCCGAUCUAUUGAUCAUCAACAAGACAGAUCUCGCCGAAAUUGUUGGUGCCGACUUGGGUGUCAUGGAAAGGGAUGCACGAAAAAUGAGGGAAAGCGGACCAACGGUGUUCACCCAAGUGAAAAAUGGCGUUGGAAUUCCAGAGGUGGUUGAGUUGAUUUUAGGAGCUUGGCGGGCAAGCGGGGCGGAGGAUUGUUGA